UUGGUGCAUAAUCUUCGGUUUUUAAAUAAUUAAGUUAUUAUCGAGUAUUAAUGUUCUAAAUACUCACAUUUAGCUAGUUAAAGGUUAAAAUAAUGAAGAAAGAAGAUAAAAAUGAAAAGGAUGACGAUAAUAAGCGAAAUCGACGACCUUUUGCAACUGGAAGCAAGCCAGGACCUGAUGAGCUGGAUCAUUAUUUAGAAGAGCGUGGAUUUUAUAGGAAACAUGUUGCACGUGAUGCAAGCUCACUUUUUCGUGUUGUUUCCGAGCAAGUCUUUGACAUCCAGAACUAUCAUGAUAGAGUUCGUCAAGAUGUUGCUACAUUUAUGGAAUUAAACAUUAAGGAUUAUGCAAACGAAGUUGAUAAGAAUUUUUACAAUUAUGUCAGUAAUUUGCGACGAAAUCGUACUUAUGGAACGCUUUUGGAACUACGAGUUAUUGCCCGAAUGUACAAACGAAAUAUUAUCUUAUUCGAGCCAAAUCAAAAUAUGGAAACGUUACAUCGAGAUUUCAUCAAGGACGAUGAUUAUAACGCAAAGGAACCGAUUCGCGUUUUCUAUUCACACAAAGAUAAGCAUUUUGAUACAAUUUAUCCAAUGGAAACUGUUGAAAGUCUUGCUGAAUGUCAAUCAAUCGUUUAUGAUAUUCUUUAUACCAACGUUUUUAAACUUCCUGAUGUAAAAUAUGCUGUUGAAAGAAUGCUACAUGAUCAAGAAGAGCAAUUAACUUUGCCACUAGAAGAAGAUCCAAACAAGUAUAAGAAUGCUAAUGGUGAUAUUAUCGAAUUUGAUGGACAUGAAGUGACUAAUUGCGUAUUGAAGGAUCCACGAACUUGUCAUUUCCAUAAUCAGGAAGAUUUCGAUGAUGUCGUCAAUGAAAAUAAGGAUGCAAUAACUAUUAUUAAUCGCAGUGAUGAUCCAGGAAAGUUGAAGAUUUUUAAGCCAGUCGAUGGAUUCUUGUACAAGAGUGAUAAGUCAUGCGUUCGUCAAUUACUUGAUGAGAAAAUCACUCCAUUUCCAUAUAAAGUCGCUAAAGCAUUAGAUCCAAGCAUUUAUCGAAAUACUGAAUUUGAAUUGUGGAGUGAAAAUCGUAAGGAACAGCGUAUGAAGUGGUUUGAUACUAACGGAUUGCCAAUUCGUGAAAAUGAUGAGCGUCACUGGUCGUAUUAUGGAGAUUUUGACAAGAAUCGUCGCUAUGACUCAAUGAAAUAUUCAUUUCAUGAUCCAAUGAUGAAGGGUGACUCAAUUUUGGGACUUGAUGAUGAUGGAAAGAAGAAAUUUAUCAUGUCAAAUGAUGAUUAUAAGUUUGGGCAGUUGACAAACUAUGAUAAUUUUCAGCCACCAAGAAGUGCUUUAGAACCGAUUAUUAUGCCUGUUCAUAUUCAACAUCAUCGUGGUAACUUCCGAGGAAAUAAUCGUCGCUAUAAUAAUCGUGGAUUUAACAACAAUCAUCAUAACAACAUGCAUUAUAAUAAUCAGAAUCAUCAUCAACCAAAUAACAAUAAUAUGAAUUAUGUUGGCGAUAUUGAGCGUGAAAAUAUGCAGUAUAAUAAUGAAGCAGAGCAAAGUUAUGCUCCACCGCAAAACCAACCACCACCUCCUCCGAUCUUCCAAGAAAUGCCUGCAAAUUAUCAAUUUGUCCCUUAUGAUCAACAAUCUCCACCUCCAAUGUAUCAGCCAACUUCGCAAUAUCAAUACAUCCCGACUAGUCCAUAUCAACAGCCAAUUCCAGCUGUUCAAUAUCAACCACCGAUGGUUCCUUACUCUUAUCCUCAACCAGCAUUGAUUUCUUAUCAACAGCCUCAACCAGCAAAUCAAGUUGUUCAUCAUGGUAACGAGCCAAGUGAUAAUAAUGCUCGCGAUUCCUUGAACUUGAUCCGUGACAAUGAACUUAAUUCGCCAAUUAAUUGGUCACCACAAGAAAGCAUUGAUAUGAAUGGAAAUGAUUUGCCAUUAAAUGACCUCGCAACUAUGCAAUUCUAUUAUAAUCUUGGUGUUCGAUAUUUCUUUGCUUCUGGAAUAUCUCGUCGUUUGGAAAAUGUCGCUAAUCAGCUUGAAAGCUUGGACAUUAAUGCUAGUAAUCAACAUCAAGAUACACCGCCAGUUCCAGUUAAUACACCCGUUUCGACAAAGCCAAGUACAUCUGGACAAUCAGGACAUCGUUAUCAGCACAACAACAAUAAUAAUAAUAAUAUGAAUAAUAAUCGUCGAGUUUUCCAUAAUUCGCAAUCCAAUGGUGGGAAUAAAGAUAAAGGACGCUUUCAGCAUAAUCAUCAACGUAAGGAAAUUCAAUUUAAUUCAAAUGUUAAGAAUGUACACAAAGCUGAUCAAAAUAAAGCUAGUACAAGUCAAGUUUCGGCUCAGAACUCGUCAGGUAAUGUUGGAUCUACGCAGUCAUCCAAUAAUAUUGAAAGGACAUCAUCAGCUAUGACAUCGUCUUCCUCUUUAGGUUUAAUUACUAAUUUACAGAUUUCUCCUAUCUCACCUCCUUCAGCUGAACCACAGAUGCAAAAUCAAGAACAACAAGUCCAGCAAAUGGUUCAAAUGCAAACUCCACAAAUGCAAUAUUAUCAGCAAUAUCCACAACAAAGUAUGAUUCCCCAACAACCAUUAAUCUGCUAUCAAACUGAAAACGGCGAAUUGAUGCCUUUGACUCCUGCUCAGCCAAUUUAUUAUAGCUAUCAACCAGCUCCGCAUGCACCAGUUUACUUUCAACCGCAAACUCAAAUAUUGGACGGUACUGUUAACAGCUCUGAUUCUGGUAUUGUCGAUUUCUCAGCAUAUGCAUACCAACAGUCUGCAUAUCCAAUAAUUUAUCAACCUCAAACACCAAUCUAUUAUCCGCAAACACCAAUAAUUCAGGCACAACACAUUGCUACAACUCCACAAAUGGCUCCAGUUUAUCCAGUUGCAUUUAAUGGAACUCCAAUGCCACAACAAGCUGUGCAAGACACUGUUUUACAACAGACAAAUGAGCCGAUUUCAACAGGUUUGAAUGAAACUUCAAAUACAAAUGCUAACAACGCAAAUUCAUCAAAUUAAGCAGCUUUCCAUUUUAUGAUUACUUUUUUGUGCACUUUAUUGCCUUAAUUUGAAUUUUUUUCACAAAUUUAUUAGGAUAUAUCCUUAAUCAUUUUACAAGAAGUAUGAAAUAUCAUGAAAUCUAAAAAAAACUUUUAUUAUGGUAGGUAUAAAUCCAAGACUUUAGUCGACCAUAACUAUUUUUUAUAUGAACUUUAUAUAUUAAUAUCAUGAAGAUGUAAUCACUGAACUAUUAAAUAACAUUGAAUAAAAAUAAAUUCUGA